GACUUUGUAGCUCCCCACUAUCACCAAAAGCUGCUCAGGCCUUCUAGUCAAUUUCACACUAUAGUUCGUUUGGGAAGGGCGAAACUUCUUCUGCGCUUCCAUGGCGGCCGCGUGCAAGCUUACGAACGAGCAAGAGCUUGCUUGCCAAACUUCCUUCAUUUUAGCCUCAGCCGUUGACGCCUUGAACCCUUUACAGGAGCUGAAAGAGAAGAUAGAGUACCACAACCUGACGGAUGUGAAUAUCAUCGAGUCCGGGACUCUGCGGGCGCUGGUAGCACUGAGCUCAGAUACCAUCCAGUAUGGUCCUAGCACCAAGGCUUCUUACCAGGUAGUGCCCACCGUGUUCAUCGCGUUCUCCAACUCCAUGCGCCACCCAGCACAUGACGCAGUGGGCGGUAUGUCCCUGGCGAACUUCCUCACCUCGCAGCGCGCCAGCGGCUUUCCUGGCGCUACUACCUGCAACGUGCACGGCAACGCACUGGCUGUGUUGGAGGCGCUGCCCAUGGGCGGCGUGUUCAGCCUGCUGGGGCAGGGGUACAAACUGGUGGCCACGGGGCACAAGUUCGGCGGCCUGGUGGCGCACCUGUUCGCGACACGGGUGCUGCUGCAGCUGCACCAGGAGGUGGCGCAGGCGCGGGCCAUGGGCAUCAACCUGUCCUUCAACCUGGCCGACAACAAGGUGUCCAGCUACGCCUUCGGUGCGCCCUUCUUCGCCACCAGCUCUAUGACCCGCACGCUGGCGCACAUGGGUGUGGACGUGGGGCAGCUGAGCCUACACACGCUGUGGAAGCACGGCGACGGCUCGCCCGCCUUCUUCGCCGCCGCCAGCGAGCUGUACACUGUGGCGGCGGCGGCGCGGGACGCCAACGCGGACGCGGCGGCUGCGGCGGUGGAGUCGUCAGGGCUGCCGCUGGAUGACGUGCUGUCGCCUGCAUCCAUCUCCCGGUCAUCGCAGGUCACUGCGGUGCAGGAGUGGUGCCGCCACGUGGCGGAGGGCGUGGACGCGCUGUCGCGGUGCCGCGCCGCGGGCCCCAACCGCCUCAUGGCCCGCCCGCUGGACCCGCCCAUGCUGGGCCGUGUGUGCCAGCCCGGCGGCCUGUUCGGAUCCAGCUCCGCCGUGGACGGCGAGUCCAACCGCCUGAUGCAGCUGCGGAUAUCCAUGUCGGAGGCGGAGGCCGCGGCGGCGGGGCUGCCGACGGGGCCACGCGCGCCGGCGGGGGCGCGCAGCAGCAUCACGGGAGCAGGCGGUGCGGGGCCAGCCGCACGGCGGCGGCGGAGCAUUGAAAUCCCGGAGGGUGCUGCAGCGGCGGCCAUGGCGUCAGGGGGCAUGUCACCCAGCGCGAGCGCCGGCAGCUUCAGCCGGGGGAUGGGCGGGUCUGUGUCCGGCAGUGCCGGCAGCUUCACCAGCGCCGCGGCAGCGGCGGCGGGCGCCUCCGGGGCGUCGCCGGCGGGGCGAGCGCGCCGUGCGUCGCUGCUGAUGGCGGGUGCGGCGGGCGCCAGCAAGCCGGCGGGCCAUGGGCACGGGCGCAAGGAGGAGCAGUCGCACUGGAAGGAUGGCCUGUUGCACCUUUUGCAGGUCAUGGGCGACGGCUUGGGAGAGCGCUACAGCCCCAUCGGGCAGUUCUGGGUGCUCGGCAGCGCCGCAAAGCCGGCGGCGGCCGCCGCCGACGCCGGCGGCGCAGCCACCGGCUCCUCCCUCGCAUGGCUGGACGGCCCCAAGGCCACACAGACGUCGGCGGCUUGGCUGGCGCCCGGCAAUGGCGCCAACAUCUUUUCGCGCUGGGAGUGGGGGCUGGACGAGUUGAACCGGGACAUGAUGGAGGCCUUCCCCUGGGCCACCUUCUCCGCCAGUGUGACGCUGCGUGGCUCGCCCGCGGACCGCAAGGAGCUGCUGCGGCCCUCGCCGGCGCUGGACCUGCUGGCCAUGGUGUAGCCGGCAGCCGGUGGCAAGACAGCAUUGGUGGCGGGCGGUGUGUGAAGAUGAGGGGGCUGCUGCUGUUGCUGGAAGCACGUGCCACCUACCAGCGGUUUAGGCGGCGGGGGCGGGGGAGGACGUGCGGAAAGCCUAACGAACCUUGGCUUGAUGUCGCAGCCUUGGCGCUAACGCACGGCGCUAACAAUUGAAUCCACCAUUCAUGGGGGGCAGGCAAACAAUGGUCUACAACGUGGGGUUAUCCACAUGGAUAUGUGAGUAAACCUGUAUGGGUGCCUAAGUCUGCGCACUUUGCUGAUGCGCCGGAUCCGCUAUGUUUUUAACUGUACACACUUCUGUGCAAGGAGUGCAGCCAUGUCCACAUGGUCGCGCUGCAGAACGAGCAUGUGUGUGGGGGGCCUUUCGAGCUGAGCUGCUGAGUGAUGGGUUGUGGGAUGGCAGGACCAACGUAAGGCUUGGGCGAGCAGAUAGUGUGAGCGCGCGCGCGUGAGAGAGCGAUCCGAGAGAGGUGUGCAGACUGCAGACGAGAUGAGUCAUGAGUGGCAACGUCAGGCAUGAGGAUGGCUGACGGUGUGCGGGUGUAGGUUGUGCCGACAUGGCCAGGUGGAUACCGUACUACAGCAUUGACUCAGUUGGGAUCCUCGCUGUAUCUCGCUGUCCUGCCCGCGGAACGCUGCUAAGUUGUAAAUCAUCCUUCAC